AUGGCAGCCUCCACGGCGAAGAAAGAAGGCAGUAUGUUUUCAAUAAAGUAUGUGAAGCGAUUCCUCUUUGAUCCAGAUUUUUCUUGGAUGAUUAUGAUUCUGCUACUUCUGGCCGAGGUUGCUGUCAAUUUUGUCGUGAUUAACAAAAUCAAAUACACAGAAAUAGACUGGAUUGCAUACAUGCAGGAAGUUGGAGGUGUCCUGAACGGCACAUACGACUACAUGAAGCUGAAAGGCGAUACAGGACCACUUGUGUACCCAGCAGGGUUUGUGUACAUCUACAGCUUGUUUUACUAUGUGACUGAGAAGGGCACAGACCUCAAGACUGGACAGUACAUCUUUGCGGCCUUGUACAUGCUGACACUGCUUGUCGUCUUCGAUAUCUACAGACACACCAGAAAGGUGCCUCCAUACAUGUAUGUGUUCAUGUGCUGCACAUCGUACAGGAUACACUCCAUCUUCAUCCUGCGACUCUUCAAUGAUCCGGUUGCCAUGUUGUUGUUAUAUGUGGCGGUGGCCCUCUUCCUUCGUGAUCACUGGAUGCUGGGCUGCCUUUUUUACAGCCUGGGCGUAUCUGUAAAGAUGAACCUGUUGCUGUUUGCGCCAGCUGUAUUCUUACUGUUGAUGGUUCGACAUGGCACGCUGGGCACUAUUCUUCGCCUGACAAUAUGUGCUGUCACUCAGCUGUUACUAGGCUUCCCAUUUCUAAAGGAGAACCCAGUCGGGUAUAUCAGCAGAGCAUUCGAUCUGGGCAGGCAGUUUUUCUUCAAAUGGACAGUAAACUGGAGGUUUCUCCCAGAGGAAAUAUUUCUGAACCGAAAUUUUCAUGUGGCGCUGUUGGCAGCCCAUGUGAUAGUGUUGCUGUUGUUCUUCCUCGUCAAGUGGAGAAAACUAUUCCCAAGUACUGUAUUUGGCUUCUUCAUGAAAAUUAGGACAAGAAACUUUUCUCCAGAUCAGAUUAUACUGCCCCUGUUUACAGCUAACUUCAUAGGAGUGAGUUUUAGUCGCUCCCUCCACUACCAGUUUUAUGUGUGGUACUUCCACACGCUACACUAUCUUCUGUGUUCCACGUCAUUGCCAGGAGUCUUGCGGAUCCUGGUGCUUGGUCUGAUUGAGCUGUGUUGGAACACCUACCCCUCGACAGUACUGAGCAGCGCCACCUUGCACUGCUGUCAUGCCGUCGUCCUUGGCGGACUUUUGUUAAACUCACGCUCGGACAAGAAAACAGAAUAAAAACAUCAACCGACUUUUCCUCAAAAUUGUGCACCUGGAGAUUUGAGGUUGAUAAGAUGUGACAUUAAAAUGUUUUAUCAUGAACAGUGGUCUCCCUUGUUGCCUGGCAGCUAAUGGUGAAGGGGUUCUUGAUGACAUCCUGUUGUGUUUCAAACAGACACCCAAAGUGCCAUGUUACCCUUUGUUUUGUUUGUGUGGUGUGUAUGCUGUUGCUGAACAAAUACAACAGAACCAUAUUGUAUUGAUACAAAAACUUUCACUAUGCAAACUGAAAUUAUGUUGGCCAACUUCCAUGCCAGUGAAGAGGAAAAUUUGUUAUAGGUAGACAACUUUUUUGUUGCUAUAGUUCGACAUUUUGGUGUAGAUGCUAACACCGGUAUCAGGCAAGUGAUGUUAGCAUCUACACCGAAACAUCGCAGCCAUUGCAAUACAAUAGCUGUCUACUCAUAAAUAUGGUUCCUCAACAGCUUCUAAUUGCCACUUAAAGAAUUUCAUGUCAGUGUUUUGUAUUUUAUCAAAAUGGUAAUUCAAACAAAAGCUUUGUUGUAAAGAUGCUUGUUUAAUUAAUAUCUAUGCCAGUCCUUGGGUCUAACAGAGUCAAGUACCAGAAAACAUAAACACUGUGUUCAAGUUACAAUCAUGGCAUGUAAUCCAGUUCUGAAAUCUCUAUGAAGAUGCAAUGUACAGGUAGCAUUAUGUUUCUCAGUUUUCUUGCUUGUUGUAAAAGUCAGCUGAAAGGUUUGACAGUUUGCCUCUUAUUUUCUGAUCUGUAUUCAUUAUUAUUACUGCUUGUUUAUAAUGGCUAAGAGGUGGUGCUAAUGGCUCGCUUUCCUAAUAGGUUUGAAUCAGAUGUGCAGAGUUACAUCCCCUUGGUGUGCAAGAAUCCUAUGAUCAUGGGUUUAAAUUUUGUGUUGUCCUUUGUCUCUUGGUUUGUCAGCACCAUACUUGUGGCUUUUCUGACAUCAGUGUGACACUUUAAGAAACUAGAAUACUGGACUAGGCAGAGUUAAACCUAACUCACUCGCUAAGUGAGAUGCUUUGGUUAAUUAGCUAUGUUGUUUCGUUUUGUUUGUCCAUCUUUUAUGAAAGUGUGUGGUGGAAUCAUGUCAGCAGGAAAUGCUAUUAAAACCCUUUGACACUUAUAAAUCAUGUGUAGAUAUU